UGCGUGGCUGUGCUGUGCUGUGCGAGGAGGGUGGAAGCAAAAUUGAUAUCAAAUAAGGGUCUCAAACUGAGAUCCGGAUGUUCCUUUUAAGUUGUUGCUCAUUUUAGUAGCCUCACCGGGGGUGAAAAGCUUAUACCUUAGGCACCCUCUGUAGUAGGAAGAGUCAUUCUUUAUGGAUUUAUAUUUUUCUACUCCAGAAGGACUAAACUGGUGCUACAGUGGAUAUAAAUGAAGGGCUUUCUUUACCCUCUUUUCAUUUUACUAUUUACUGAUCAGACUUCAGCUCAGUUGGAUAAGAGAGAGAGGUUCUGUUGCCUAAAUGUGAGGUCUUUACUGAGGAUGGGAGCCCCCAGGGAGCCCAAAUCCAAAGUAGAACGAUGCUGUUUUCGGGUUUCUGGCCCUUUCUUCAGCUGCUGCUUCUCCCUUCUCCACUGGGCCUAGGGAGCAGGAACUAUCCAAGGUGCUAGGAUGCCGGCAGCUUUGCCUUUCAAUGCAGACGAAUUGCAGGAGCAGAAGAGAGAGAUUACUGCUCAUUUCAGAAGAAUAUAAUCAAAUGAGGUACCUUAGCCAGCCUGGUGAUUGUUUUGGGUCUUGCAAUCAGCUGUGUAACAAAGUGAGUAAAAUCGUCCAAUUUCUUCCCAGCUGGACCUGGAAGGAGAGGGACUGUGUGUUCAUCCCCACCCAUUAGCUAUGCCCUCCUUUCUCCGAAUGUCGAUUUAAGAAAGAGAGCACCUGUCUUCUGUCACUGCAUCUUCCUAGUAAACUUUAAAGGCCAUUUUAUCUGGUAGGAAGAACAUCGAGAAUGCUCUGAUUUCUAGUGAUGCAGAAUCUGGGAUUCGACACUUUUCCCAUCCUCAUACGAUGCACUUUAAUUGAAGAAAAACUGAGCUGAACUACAAGUCUCUUUCUUAUGGUGCUGGAUUACUCCUACAGAACUGCCCUGAGACCAACGUGAGCGAGCAAGGGCUCUGGCAGACCCAAGUCACCUUCUGAUUAUUGCACUUAGCUCUCCCUGGGGACUUAAAUUUUGGAAGUGUUCCUUUCGCAUGAUACCCUCCAAGAUGUUGAGCGUGAAUCCUGAGGAAGACCCUUUGGACAACUUUCUCCAAUAUAUCGAGGAUAUGGGGAUGAAGGCGUAUGAUGGCCUGGUUAUUCAGAAUGCAUCGGACAUUGCUAGAGAGAAUGAUCGCUUGAGAAAUGAAACAAACCUGGCCUAUCUGAAGGAGAAGAAUGAAAAACGCCGAAGACAAGAAGAAGCAAUAAAGCGCAUAGGUGGAGACGUGGGGCGAGCCCAUGAGGCGAGCUGCGUGGGCAAACAUUUCCGCAUGGGCUUCAUGACGAUGCCAGCUCCGCAGGACAGGCUGCCCCACCCGUGCUCCAGCGGCUUCACUGUGAGGUCCCAGUCUCUGCACUCUGUCGGGGGCACCGACGAUGACAGCAGCUGCUGCACCCGGAGACAGCCGCCCCCCAAGCCCAAGCGGGACCCCAGCACCAAGCUGAGCACCUCCUCGGAGACGGUGAACAGCAGCAGCACAGCCAGCAAGAGCGGGAAGGCCGCGGAGAGGACCGAAGUGUCAACCAAACCCAGACCCCACAGUGACGAAUAUUCCAAGAAGAUCCCCCCUCCGAAGCCCAAGAGGAACCCCAACACUCAGCUGAGCACAUCUUUUGACGAGACCUACAUCAAAAAGCACGGGCCGCGGAGGACGUCGCUCACGCGGGACUCGUCGCUGUCGCAGGUGAGCAGCCCCGCGGGGGACCCCGAGGAGGAGGAGCCCGUGUACAUCGAGAUGGUGGGCAACAUCCUCCGAGACUUCAGGAAGGAGGAGGACGACCAGAGCGAGGCCGUCUACGAGGAGAUGAAGUACCCGAUCUUCGACGAGCUGGGCCAGGAGCCCAAGUGCGAGGCGGACCUUCUGGGCUGCUCCUCGCAGUGCGCCACGCCCACGCCCACGGUGCCCGACUCGGGGGAGCCCGCCCGGUCCUCGGGGCCGUGCACGCCCAGGGGGCUGCUCUGCGACAUCCCCCCGCCCUUCCCCAACCUGCUUUCGCACAGACCCCCGCUGCUGGUGUUCCCGCCGGCGCCGGUGCACUGCUCCCCCAACUCCGACGAGUCCCCGCUGACCCCGCUGGAGGUCGCCAAGCUCCCGGUGCUGGAGAGCGCGUCCUACAUGAAGCCGCCGCCGCCGGCCGGGGCGUCGCCGCCUUCCGGCCACGCCAAGCUGGACAAGGAGCCUGCGGGCGCCCUGGGCCCCGCGCCGGCCGCCGCCGCGCUGUCCUCGUCCCCGCCUCCCCCGGCCACGCUGUACCGGACCCCGUCUCCCCACGGCUACCCGAAGAGCCACUCCACCUCCCCGUCCCCCGUCAGCAUGGGGCGCUCGCUGACCCCGCUGAGCCUCAAGAGGCCGCCCCCCUACGACGCCGCCGUGCUCGGCAGCCUCUCCCGGAGCUCGUCCUCAGUGCCUCCCGCCGCCCCCCGCCCCGUGUCGCAGGACGCGGCCAAGAUGGUCCACGCCGCCGUGAACACCUACGGGGCGGCUCCCGGCGGGUCUCGAUCCCGAACGCCCACGAGCCCCUUGGAAGAACUGACCAGCCUGUUUACCUCAGGACGCAGCCUGCUGCUGAGGAAAUCGUCCAGCGGCCGGCGAUCCAAAGAGCCGGCAGAGAAGUCCACCGAGGAGCUGAAAGUCCGAAGCCACAGCACGGAACCUUUACCAAAGCUGGAUAGUAAAGAGAGAGGGCACCACGGAGUGGCUUCCUCCAGAGAGCCUGUCAAAGCUCAGGAAUGGGAUGGAACCCCAGGCCCACCUGUGGUCACCAGUAGAAUGGGAAGAUGCUCUGUGAGUCCCACCUUGUUGGCAGGAAACCACAGUUCAGAACCUAAGGUAAGCUGCAAAUUAGGCCGGUCUGCGUCUACAUCAGGUGUGCCUCCUCCGUCAGUUACUCCUCUCAGGCAAGCCAGUGACCUGCAACAGAGCCAGGUGGCAUGCAUGCAGUGGUUUCAUGGAGACCAUACAAUGCUUGAGAUGAUUGAGAAAAAGCGUUGCUUAUGCAAGGAAAUAAAGGCUAGACAGAAAACGGAAAAGGGCCUUUGCAAACAGGAUAGCAUGCCUAUCCUACCCAGCUGGAAGAACAACGCAGGUGCAAAGAAAUGCAGCCCUCCGCCCUAUUCUAAACAGCAGACAGUAUUCUGGGAUACUGCCAUAUGAGUGUGUGCAGGACCCGGGACUCCGCAUCACUUAAGACGAAGAGGGAGGUCGACUGGGUCACGUGGUAUUUCAUUGUUGCUUAUCUUCUCCUUGGGAGCGCAGUGCUGCGGGGAGUCGUGCCUACCUGUGGCAAAUCCAAGAUGAAAUGUGUAUGUUCUUGAAAUCAAGGCACACUUAAUUUAUCCCAGAUUAUUUUGAAAUCAGAAGAUAUUAAAUUGUAAAUAUUUUACUAGUUUAUGGUUGACAUCUGAAUUAAGACACACUAUACGUACAUAAAUUGCAGAAAUAUCGAGUUUACUAUAUGAUAUAAUUUUGGUAUUAUCUGGUUUGUUAUCUCUUUUGUAUGUAAUUCCUUGAUGCCUUUUAUUAUUAAUUUUUGCAUCUAAAACCCUUUUCUUUUUUCUCCUCCCUACAUAUGGCUUCUGUGUAAGAGCUCACACUUAUCAAUCAUAUUCACCCACAUAAUAUAUGAUCUGGUGCUAGUAAUGUAGAAGUUGAAUGUCAUAUUCAUCAAGAACAUCUGCUGCUUUUUAAGUUUUUAAGAUUUGUGACAAGAAGCAAGUGCAAAUAUGAUGUUAAUCUGGGUGUCCAGGUUACAUUGAUGCCAACAUUUUUGCUACAUUGGUUUCAUAAAAUUUCCUCUCCAGUAUCUUCUUGAUUAUAUUAAGCAAUGCUUAGUCAGAUUUCAGAGGAAGUUGUUAGGACAUUUGCUUUGGAAAUGACUUUAGGGACCCGUGUUCUUGCAUCACUGAUCUGAUGGGAGGAGACCAGGGUUCACUGUAACAAUGGAAGGAACAAGAAACCAGAAACUUAAGGACGUGACUACAUCUGAGAGGUUGAGGCCAAAGGCAAUGAGGUUACAGCAGUCAGUUAUCAAAGCAUUUCACAUGCAUGAUGGUUUUCCCUAGAAAAAGAAACAUUCAACUAGACCAACUUACCUAUUUUAGUAUCUAUAUGCCAGUUUUCCCCAAAAUUUAAGUCCAUGAAUGGAAAAGUAUUUCUUGUUAUUUUUUUCAAAGUAAUUAUCACGUUUUUGGGUCAUAAUCUGUGUAUAACCCUCAUUCCAAUUCUUACCGAUCAUGACUCCAUGACCAAAGAAUUAUGAACACUUCUUUUUUUUAAAAUAUUUUUUCAAGGAAGAAACAGGAAAUACAGGGGUAGACGAUAAGGUGGAUUCAAUUUUAUGUGGUGAUGCAAUUUAAGUUUAAAAUAAUUCUAUAUAUCUUUUAAAAAUAACUUGUUAGUUGAAUAUAAAUAUUGCCACAGAUAAAUAAAAAGGAAACUAUUACAUAUAUUUUAUAUAUUUAAAUUACUAUUUAUGCUUCCUAAAAUUAACAGUAUGUGAUUCUUUGUUAACAAUCAAUUUAGUAUUAUAUUUCUGAGAGGAAUCUAAGUGUACGUCUGAAGUUAUUGUUACAGUAGUUUUCCUUGUGAGGGUAUUGACAGCAAUAGUACUGUGCUGCUCAAUAAAACCAAAUAUGACAGGAAUUAGGGGAUUUUUGUAAUCUAUAUUGAUAAAAACCUAGCAAUGCUUUAUCAGUAAUAGUUCCUUUCAAGAGCCUUUGAAAUGUUCAAAACAUAAUUUUGUAAUGUUUUAUAAUUAAUGUAUAUUUUGAUGUCCAGCUAAAAUUCUGAAAGAAUAAGAAAAAUGGUAAGUGGGAGCAUGUGUAUGUUGUAUUUGUGUGUGUGUGUGUGUGUGUGUGUGUGUGUGUGUGUGUGUGUGUACUCAGUGGGAGAAUUGUAUACACAAAAAGCUUACUGAAGUUUUAGGUUUGCUUGCAUCCAUAAGGUGGUGAAAAGAACAGAAUCACAAAAUCGCAGAAGGAUCUUAAAACAUUUAAAUGAAUCCUGCCACUACAUUUCACCAACUAGAGUUUAUAUUUCAAGCUCAACAACCAAUGCAAUGCAAAUCUAAGAAUGAUUAAAAAUGUGUUAAGAUAAAAAUCAUAAUUGAAGUGAAAUGUGUUAUGACUCAAAAUGUUAUUUUGAUUUAAAUUAUUAUGACUUUAUAGAUUCAAGACAAUCAAACACAAGUUAUUAAUUCUCAGCAUCCUUAUGAUCUUGGUACAUAAAUCUUUAGGGUGAAAGUGGUAAUGCUAAUCUCUCCCUUCAAUUCAUAUUUAGGUAACAUCUUUCUGCAGGGAGACCCAAGUGUAUUUCUUAGCUGCUGGUCUUGCCUAUAACUCUCUGAAUUAGGCAGGAUAUAUAUUUCUAAUGCUACCCACUUGUCCAGAAGGAGACAGAGGUACUACACUGAUUCAGUCUUUCUCAUUUGUUCUGUCAAACUCAUACCCCUUGUUCAAAUACAUUAUUUUCUGAGGAGGUAACAACAUGUUUGACAAUGUGACCUUAGGCAAACAUUUCCACGCACUUCUCCAAAUCUCCCCCAACAUGGGAAGAAAUUGAAAUACUUGGAAAAGUGGUUCACUUAAAUUUGACUCAAAAGCACUUAUUUUGUGCCUAUACAAUGUUUAAUUGUCCACUGUGGCAAUAGCCAUUCUAUAAUCAAUUUCCUCUUUAUAUAGUGUUUCUCUAUGUAAAGGAAAAGAGAUGAUUUCUCUAGAGAGAAAAAUAAAUGGACUCUCUGGCAGUAAUAAAUUAGGACACUUCCGUGUAUUAAUGUGGUCAGAGGAUAACCUCAGUCAGUAUACUAUGCCAUGAUAAAGCUCGUAUUUCUAGCAGUGCCAAAGAACAAAUCAUAACAUGGCAUGAUUAUCAGAGUGAAAAAACUCGUACUUAUGAAAAAUGGUCUUUUCACAGCAGAUUUUAUAGAAACAAAAUUUUAUUGGCUGUCAGCAAAAGGCUUUUAUAUGUGAGAUAUUUCUGUGAAAGGAAGAAACAAAUUUCUUUAGAGAUGAUGGAAAGAAAAAAUGAAAUACUUUCAAUCACAGAAGCCAGCAUCAUCUGAGUAAUCCUUUAUACAAACUGACUGUAGUCCUUUAUACAAACUCUGCGAACCUUUCCCUGUGUUUAUGUCAGUGAAGCAAAUAAGAGUAAAGUGAAUGUUAAUUUUCACUCAUAGAAACUAAUUGGGAAAGUACAACAAAACUUUACGAAUUUAAAAUGUGCACAGCAGUUCUAAGGGGUAGACAUCUUCAAAUACACAACAGUCUUCUGGAUAUGAGUGAAUACAACUUUAAUUUCAAGACUAGUGGCAUUACUUCAAAAUGAUGACUGACUUUCUUUGCUUCUGAAAAACAAAUAAACUUUAUUCCUGCCAUGGCUUGGCAUCAGUAUGUCUUGUCUAAGUGCAGACCUUAGGGCGAUGACUUGAGCAAGUUUAGUGAUAACCUAAUAUGGUUCUCACUGACAAAAUAAAACAUGAAGACAAGACACAUAACCAUGCAAUUUUUCUGUUACCUACAUGUUAAUCAAGCCAGCUUCCUAAAGGAGAGCUUGUAAAGUAACUAUAAUUACAUGUGAAAUUCAAAAUUUAAUCGGUAAUUCUGAGAAGACAAUUAAUUCACACUUGCAUAGGAAUACAUGUAUGACAAGCCUGUAAUUCAUUACUCUUUGUGUCCUAAACUUAAGUGAAAAUAAAAGACAAAAGAUAUAUAUGGUAUUUAAGACUAUCUUACUAAACCUUCCCUACAUGGAGGAGUAGAUGGCUAAUUGAAGAAUGUGGACCAUUUGUUAACUACCUAUUUUUCUAUGAGAAGUUUGUUAUUGAGCAACUUAGGUAUCAGUCAUUGAAAAUAAAGUUUCUGAAGCACUUGGAAUUAAACACUGGAAAAUACAUGGUCCUUGUAUUUAAGGAGCUGACUUAUGCAAUCAUUAAGAUUUUCAAAAUAAAGCCAAUUGUUUUUAAGAAGAUAUACAAUUUUAUGUUUGACAACUCUUAUGUGUUUAUAUAUGAUACUCUCAUUUUUUCUGAUCAAGUGUACAGUCAAGAUACUAAAGCAUACUGAAUUUAGUGUUCAAGUAUGAACUAUGUUUAUGCGUAAGCCUCUAUAUGUACACACACGUAUGUACUGCUGUCUAUGUAAAUCAGUAAAGUGGUAACACAUUUUGCCAUGUUAGACUUGAUCUUUAUGACUUGGGUAUUUGAUGGUUUAAAACCCUUUGAUAUUUGGGUCAAUUAUAUUGUAACAAAAUGUGUAUGAUCUGGAAAAAACAUCUAAUUGUAUUUAUUUUAAAUAUUAUGACAUUUAAAAUUAAAGGAAAACCAUUUUUAAAGAAAUUGACAGACUCAUCUCAACCAAGCGUAUGUGAAAACCUUUGAAAUGUUUAGUUGUUCCCAAAUAUAACUGGGCUUGCCCACCCUAAAAACAUCUACAUUUACACAUGUAUACACCCACAUACAAAUUACACACCUGUAUAUAAUAUAUAUGAAAGUGUUUAGUAUGCACUUCUUUUGUUUGGAACUCUUUAACUUAACAUUUAGAGUGUAGCAAUUUGUGUAAAGUGCACUGUGAUUAUAAAAAAACAAAGCACAGUAAAGUCACAGGUCUUGUUAUCUUGCACUAAAAACGUGUUUACGUACUUAGCAAUUGUAUGUUUACUUUCUUGCUCUUUUCAAACAGUUGAAACAAAUAGCUAUAAAAUGAUAUAAAAUAUGUUUUUUAGUGGCUAAUGGCACUACAUUUUUAAAAGACAGGGUUUUUAAAGAAAACCAUUUAACAUCCAUUCCAAUAUAACAUGUUUACCAUAUCUAAAAAUCUGAAUGUCAUAUUACAUUUUCAUUACUCAUUAGAAAUGUCAGGUAUGUGCCUGAAAAAUUGUGCAAACAAGCAUUAGAUAGCAGAUUUCUCUACUCUUGUGUUAUUAGCCAUUUCUAUACACAUGUUAUAAACACUGAUGUUUCAAUGUCUCUUAAUUUUUGUACUUGAUUUUUUAAGGUAACAUGUAAUUAUAAAUGUACUUUGAUACUAUUGAAGUAACCAGAUGUUGUUUGAAAACCAAUUGAUUUCUUUAGUGUACUGACAAUAUUUUACAAUACUUUUGUGCUUAUUUAUUUGUGCUCCCGUGUAAUUAUAAUAAAUGCAAUAGUUUAAAUUA